UUGCAGCGGCCGACUGAUUGUUUAGCUAUCGGCAGCCUUCGUUAAUCCAGCAUCGAGCUGUCGAUAUCAAGGCAUCGAGUCUUCGAGAGUGCGAGAGAGAGAGAGAGAGAGAGAGAGAGAGAGAGAGAGAGUGUUUGUGGUGAAGGUGUGAGCUCCGAAGCUCCGAAGGGGUUUCAUCUGCAAGAUGACGGCGAUGGAGAAGGUGAAGGAGCUCGUUGAGAGUAAUGGUCUCGUCGUGUUUAGUAAGACAUGGUGCUCUUAUUGUAUUCGUGUGAGGGAUCUAUUUAAUGAGAUUGGGGCGAAAGGGAAAUUUGUGCAGCUGGAUGAAGAGGAGGAUGGGGAGGACAUGCAGUUUGCGCUGCUCGAAUGGACGGGGCAGAGAACUGUGCCCAAUGUGUUCAUUGGGGGUGAGCAUGUGGGCGGCUGUGACGACACCGUGCGGAAGCACAGGCGCGAGGAGUUGAUCCCUAUGCUUGAGAGUGCGGGCGUGCUGGAGCCGCGCAAGGAAUAGGCAUUUUGUCGUCUCCUCUUCCUUCAAUCGGCUGUGUGUCAGCUAUGGCAGCCGUUCUCUCUUCUUUCUUUUUCAAUCGCCGGUGGGAGCUAUGACGCGGCUGCUCUCUUCUUCUCUCUUUGUUCGAGUGUGGGAGAUAUGGGGGUUGCCGUCUAUGGGGGAGCUAUGGCAGCUGAUCUCUUUUCUUGCCUUCACGUGUGAGUGGGAACUAUGGCGGCGGGUCAUUCAGGGUUUUGUAUAUUUGAAAUGGCGACAUGACCACCAUUGAGGGCAGCAUGUGCAUGCACUUGGGAUUGUCAACGUGGCUGCAUGCAUUUUCGAUUGGCAACGUGGCUGCAUGCACUUUCGAUUGGCAACGUGGCUGCACGCACUUUCGAUUGGCAACGUGGCUGCAUGCACUUUCGAUUGGUUAGCUGUGUGACAUGUACACGGAGGAGGGAGCAGUAUUUCAAGGUUUUGUAUGUUUCGAAUGGUGAAAUGAUCAGCGGUAAGGACAGCAGCGGCAUGCGCUUGCAAACGGCUGGCUUGUGUGAGAUGUAUACGGAAGAGGAGGGGGUGGUUGCAUGCGGGAGCAGACGGGGUGAAGUUGUUGUGUUCCCUUGUUUGCGUGGGGGAGCUACGGGAGUUGACCUCUCUUGUCUGUAGUUGGGUAUGGGAGCUAUGGAAACCGCUCAUCUCCUAGGUUCUUUUUGUACUUGAAUGACGAAAUGACCAGCAGGAAGGAAGGAUGGCACAUGCAUGUGUGUUUGGGUUGGGCAGGCUGUGUGAGCUGAACCUGCGGCAACCGUGCUUGUCUCUUAUACACAUCUAGAUGUGUAUAAGAGACAGGAGAGAGAGAGAGAGAGAGUAUUGACCUUACUUCUCUUUGUCUUUACGAGUGUGUAAGCACUGCGCGCACACACACACACCACGCGCGCGCGCGCGCGAGAGAGAGGGAGAGAGAGAGCGAUGAGUUUGGAAGCUAGGGUUAUUCCGUAAUUUCGCUUGGAAGCUAGGGUUAUUCCGUAAUUUCGCCCGCCCAACUUCAGCGCUUUGUUUCGUCUCUUCUGCCCGCCCUGUUCCAUCUCGUUAAACUCUGCCUUGCUUUAUAUCCUCGUCUCUUUCUCUCUUUUCCUCUCUCUCUCUCUCUUUCUCUCUCAUGGUCUCUUGCUCUCUCACCCUCUUAGUGUGUGCUCUGCGCACGAGUCACGAGCCUUGUCAACGGCGUUCGCCAAACUCUACAGCUUGCUUUCUCUUCUUUCUCGGCUUAGUGCAUCGCCACACCACUCUCGAAAUGCGCAAAAUGAGAAUGAAUUUCCUUGCACAACAUAGCCAGAUGCACCCGCCACAUUUUUGUCUUUUCCACACUUCGAGAGUGGUGUGGCGAGGCCCUUAGUGCAUGCACGCGCGCUCGAAUGUGUCCCUCGUCACACGUGCGCUCGUGUACACUUGCUCGAGAGAGAAGAAAGUCCUUGAGAGAGAGAGAGAGAGAGAGAGAGAGAAAGAGAGAGAGAGAGAGAGAGAGAGAGAGAGAGAGAGAGAGAGCGAGUGGGUGUCUGAGGAAGAGAGUACCUCCGUGCACCUCGGACUUAUUACAGUAAUAUAGCCUGCUACCCCGACGUAUAAAUUUAGCAUUUAUGCGCACGCACUAUGUGCCAGAAAAAACUAGACUGGCAUUGCGAUGAACUAUAUGUCGGGCUUUACUUCCAUGUACGUGUAUAGGCUUCCUUCCAGUACUGGCCAAGUGUGCAAAAUGAGAAUGAAUCUUCCCGUAGAUCAUGGAAAGAUUCCCCGCCGUAUGUUUUGUCUUCUGUGCAUGUGGUCAGCAGUGGAGCGAGGCCUGCUGAUUGUUAUGAUCAAGCGAUGUUCUUUUCAUUUUCUUUCUUUCUUUUGGGGGAAACAACGCGGGAGUCACAAAAAUGAUUCACGCAAUGUAUACUACCCAGUUUUCUGUCCAGGUAGGGUGCCCGAAGUGCAAUCGCAAGACUGUAUCUUACCCCAUAGUAGUACAAUUAUAACUCCUUUUUUUUGUGACUCUACUGAAGUUUCCCCUCCUUUUUUUUUCUCUUCCUCAAUGGGUGGUAGUCUUCAGAUAUAUCCACAGGUGAGCGGCCCCCGGUCAUUCGAGAUUAUUAUGGAAGUUAAAUAGUUUUUUUUUUUUGUUUUUGUUUUGGGAGGAAGUUAAUAGUAUUACUGUAUUACAUUACAUAGGAUGAUUAUUUGUUAUUGAGCUUUCUGUUACGGCAGAGGGGUAGAUUGGUGUGAAAAUGAGAGAGAGAGAUUGGAGUAGGAGUGGAGUUGCUGGCCGUGUUUAAAAGCCGUUUAGUUCGUUCGAGCCGUCGAACCGAAGAGAGCGGACAAAGAGUGAGCGAGAUGCCACGAGAGCUCGGCGAAAACGAGAGAGAGAAGAAGGGGGAGGGUGGGCGGGGGGGGGCGGCGCGGGGAAGGGGGAGGGAAAACCACUGGAAAUACAGUAUGUCCCCCUGAAACGCAGUCAGAAUACGUCCCACUGUUUACCGCCCGGCGUCAAGAGAGUGGAGAGAAAAUGAGCGACGUUCGCCUACCUCUUGGCAAAAACGAGAGAGAGAAGAGAGGGUGGGGGGAAGGGGGGGAGGGAGGGGAAGGCACUCAGAAUACGCCCAACUGAAACCCAGUCAGAAUACGUCCAACUUUUUACCGCCCAAUGGAAGGGAGUGGAGUAAGCGGAAGGCAGAGAGAGGAGGGGGGGGGCGGGGGAGGGAAACCCGCUCAUGGGGGGGGCAGCUCAUGGGGGGGAGGAGGGAGACCCGCUCAGAAUACGUCCCUCCCACUGAAACCCAGUCAGGAUACGUUCCAUUAAUUACCGCGCCCAGGGCUGUGCUACGUGGAAGAAGAAAAGCAGCGUACCAUGGGGCAUGUUCACCGUCACAGGGGAUGGAGGAGGCAAUCACCAAGGGAGCGACCAGAUGGGAGGUUGUUAUGGCCGUUGGCAUGUUGAUUGUCUUUUUUAAUUUUAUUUAUGUUUGUUUUGGGGGGAAAUUUGUCUGGAGCCCCUGUAAUUUCCGUCCACAUGCACGUCGAGUGCUGUGUAGUGCAGCUAUGCCCUAUGUUUUAGGUAUUGUUGAUAUUCUGUGGUUGGCAGUUGUUCCCUCACUGCCUGAUCAGGCUGCCACGUACAUCCAAGGUACAGCUUUUUUUUUUUUUUUUUUUUUUUUUUUGGUAAGGUACAGCUAUUGUUGUUGUUGGUGUCGGAAGCUGUAUUGGAAGUAUCGUCGUCCUUCUUGUUGUUGCUGUUGUUGUUGUUGUUGUUGUUGUUGUUGUCGUCGUUGUUUUUAGGGCCUUCCCACACCAAUGUCGAAAACUGCAUUUUCGACAUUUUCUCCUCGCCACAUAGCAUGUCGAAAUCCGAGAUGCAAAAAGAAAUC